UUCUAAUAAUAGCUUUUAAUUAAACUGUAAUUUGCGAUUCUAAAAUUAAUUUUGGAAUCUAAACAUUUGACCAGUAUGUAAGUUUCGAAAAAUAUAACAUGUAUGGGAAGUAAACUGUAAUUUGCCACCAAUCCAUAAAUUCACCUAUCCAAUUAGAUCUGAAUUUAAAUGGAUUGAAUUAAUUGGAUAUUUAAUUGAAUUAAUUGGAUGUGAUUGGUGUGCUGAAUAGGAAAUUGCAUUGGGAGUUAAUCACCUUGGAAUACAAGAGUCCUCUUGCUUAAAUUUUUACGUAUGUCAGCCGGUAGGCAUUGUAAUGCGUUCAAACACAAUAUUUCUCAAUUAAAUUCUUUAGUAUUAAUGUGUUGGUACAAAGCUUGGCUUGCCCCUCUGAACAUUCCUGAUUGGCUGAGGACUUCGUCCCCGCGCAUUCUGGUGGAGAUUGGUUGGAGCAGCUCCCUGCAGGUUGAGAAAAGAUGAACGUUGAUGGCGCAGCGUCGAGCUCCGACAAGCGUGUAGGUGCAGGCGGUGUGCUACGAGGGUCGAACGGAGUAUGGAGGGGAGGUUUUGUUUCAAACGUGGGCUACUGCUCGGCCAUCCUAGCUGAGCUCUGGGGAAUUUUCCAUGGAUUAAGUUUGGCUUGGAAUCUAGGCUCUCGUACUCUACUCCUUGAGACUGACUCCAGGCUUGCGAUUGAGUUAAUCGAGAAAAGGGUAGACCCUUUACACCCUCUUGCUACGAUUCUUACUGCGAUUAGACGUAGACUCGCGCAAGAUUGGAUGGUGAGGCUAGUUCAUACUUACCGCGAAGGGAAUAGAGUCGCGGACUGGCUCUCGAAGCACAGUCUCGUCUAUCCAUACGGGAAGUAUGAACUAACCACACCUCCCCCAAGAGAUUCUCCCUCUCCUCCUUGACGACAGUAGAGGUAUCACCUUCCCGAGAUCAGUGAUCGACAAUUCUUCGGAUGUGAUUCUGUAAUUCCCCUCCUCCCCCCUAUUUUUGUUUCUCUUCUUCUUUGGCUGCUGCCUCCCUUUGUCGCAAAAAAAAGGUGCACUACGGCUUUCAAAAGGGCAACCGUAGCUCUUUCUCUUCCAUCCCUAACUCAUUCGAUAAUAGCCAAGGUGUUUACACCAAAAUAAUUUUCAUUAAUUAUUACUUGUGUGAGCAGUUUGACCAAUUUAAGCAGUCGGUUCAUGUGUACAUGGAUGGUCCAAUUUAUCAAGUCGAGUCAUAGGAAUAAUGGAUGGUAGUGUUC